AUGCCUUCAAACCGUUGUGUUGUCUUCGGAUGCAGCAACACUUCGAACAGAAAUUCCGGAAUAUCGUUGCAUCAUUGUCCGCAUAAGAAGACCGAGUACGACAAAUGGAAGAGGUUCGUGCGUUUGCGUCGAAAAAAUUUCAACCCCACGGGUAGAUUCGUGGUCUGCUCGAAGCAUUUUGACGACGAAURCUUUAUAAAAGCCAUUCACCAAAGUGGAACUCAACGGAGAUUGCUGCCGGGAUCGAUUCCAACAAUUUGGAAAGAGCCAUCGCGCGAAAUUCGCAGUGGUCGAAGUCGCCGUCAGGCUCUCAAAAAUAUUCUGACUGAAACGGUACAAGAAAGCAGCGAUGAAGUGGCACAGGACAACCCAGGGUUGCAGGCAUCAAGCCAACAAUCUCAAUUUGAUGUUGAUGUGGCUGAGGAGCUCAAAAGUAUUCUAACUGUUGGAGAACAAAGUCGAGAACAAGCUAAACAGGCUCCACAAACCUCUACCCCAGGAA